AUGGACGAUAUCGGCGCCCUUUCUACCUCUUGUGCAAGUUGCUUCAAUACUCUGACACGAUCGCUGCGCACGUCUACGGAUGAGUUCAAAAAGCAGAUGACGCCAAUAGAAAUUGAUAAUGAAUAUGCCCGUUUUAAGAUUUGGGCUGGCAAUACGGGCGCUUUACAGAGAGGUCGAAGUUCUCUUGACGCUAGAUUACGAGACUCAGUGGUGCUACGAGCAGCCGUCCUCAAAUUCUUGGGUCAGCUGCAAGACUCAUUAAGCAAGAGUGCCGAGAUCACCACAGGCUCUCGUCUACCGUACGAACAGGGUGGCGAUGUCACACAUGGCCCCGACGAAGAAAUUGAAGACGACAGUGACACCAGUGACACCAGUAGUGACUUGGAGACCGAGGAACUGGCUAUGAGACUAGACGAAAUCAAGGAUAUCAUGGAGCACCUGUAUAGGCUCUCGUUCAAGAUACGCAAUACGAGAUAUCGUUCUCUCACCAAGAAAGCUCUUCUGAUGGAAGAAAAGGAUCCACAAACCGGGAAAGACUUGUUCUCGACGUAUGCCAUCUUCGAUCGUCGGCAUGUACAAGAGUCACUCAAUCAUCUGCGCCUGCGCCCAUCAUUGAAGGAAUUCGCUACUGAACCUGCACGAGACGCAAGUCACAGUCUUUUGGAUGUUUUCGAUGCCGGGGAUCGCCUGCUAGAUAGCGAUAAUUUUCUGCAAGAUCGCUUGGCAAAAGCAAUCACCGACCGGAGAAGGUAUUUUGCAUAUUGGCGGAGACAUGCUCUCAAGCUCUCACAUGUUACGGAUGAGCUAGCCCCCCAGCAGAAUUUCACAGCUCUUGUGAAGCCCGCGGAACCUGUUUCCGAACCUCCAACCACACCCCUUAUCUCAGGCAAUUUCAUACCGGCUCCAGGGCCAAAAACCAUGGUGUCAGGAACCGAUUUUUCCAUGUAUAACCGGGAACUGGACGACCAGCUGGAUACAGAGACCAUGAUUUCUUACGCGACUACAGCCUAUGACGUUGACGGAAAUUCCUCAGAACUGCCUCCACCUCCUCCCGAUGCGGCCAAUAAUUCAGAGUUCGUUUGUCCUUAUUGCUGGAUAGCUUGUCCGUCGAGACAAGGAAAAGGAAAGGCAUGGCAGUAA